UUAAAUAUCCAUUUGUCUUCACUUCUUUCCAUCCACUCUCAACUCUCACUUCAAUUCAAUACAAUCCAAUCCAAUCCAAUCCAAAUUUCUCUUUCUCAGUUUCACUCUGUAUCUAAAACUCUACACUAAUGGCGACACAAGAUGAAGCUUCAACACUUGAUGUUAUCAGGCAACACCUCUUAGGUGAUUUCGCAUCACUCGAAAGCUUUCUCAAUGAUAUGACUCCACUUUGUCCAUCUACUUCAUCAGAAAUUACGGUUUCUCGAUCUGAAACUUCUUCUUCUUCUCUAUCUACUACAGAUAGUUUCCAAUCAUCUUCAUCAUCAUUGUACUCUCAAUCAUCAGUGUCAAAACCAGAUUUCGAUUUCCUCGAUUACUUAACAUUUGACGAAGAAGAAGAAGAUAAGAAGAGUCCUGUCUUUGAUGAUUUCUUUCAAUUCGAAACCAAACCUCAGAUCAGUGAAUCAAAUAUGAGUUCGGAAUCGAGUUUUGUUACUAAAGAUCGAAAGCCUUCACUACAGGUUUCUGUUAAUAAACCUAAUUUGAUGACGAUGAUCAGUUUCAGUUCUGAACAAGAAAAGCAAAAAACGGUAAAAACUCAAACCGUUACGAAACCAAAGAAUCAGACAGAUACGAGGAAAUACAGAGGAGUGAGACAAAGACCAUGGGGGAAAUUUGCAGCAGAGAUUAGAGAUCCAAGUCGUGGAGGUUCUAGAGUUUGGUUAGGCACUUUUGAAACAGCUAUUGAAGCUGCUAAAGCUUAUGAUCGUUCAGCUUUUAAGAUGCGUGGAAGCAAGGCAAUCUUGAAUUUCCCUCUUGAAGCUGGUGAAAAAAUCGAUGAACCAGUAGUGAAUUCCAAUUCAAGGAAAAGACGAAGAGAAAUUCAACCACCAUCACUUGUUCAUGAACAAGUUAAUAAACUUAUUAAGACGGAAAAUCCUUUGGAAGCUGAAACCCAAACUACUAGUUCUCCAUUAACUCAUACAAAUUGGAUGGCUAAUUGGGAGAGUAUCGAAGUUAACGAUAUUUUUGAUGUUCCUCUGUUAUCUCCAUUACCUGCUUUUGGUUUUCCCCAACUUAUGGUGAUAUGAGUUUUAACGGCGUUUCAAAACUCCGUUAAAAAUGAGGAUGGACGAAUGAUGUAUUGCUGGUGAUUGUAUAUAAACGGCAGAGCGUGGUUGAAGUUCACACACCUACCGUUAAUUAUUUGUUUUAUUAAUUUUUAAAAUUUUGGAAUGAAAAUCCUCUUUAUUAACUUGAUUAUCUUGUCGAGUUAUGGAGUCAAAAAUCCAAAAAAAAAUCUUGUCCGAGUUAUGUUAAAUAUACACAAGGAAUGCAGUAACUGCUUCAACAAAAAAAGUUUACAUG